AUGGCGGCCGAAUGUGUUUCCUUCUGUUUAUUUUGUUCUAGACAGUUUUUACAAUAAUUCACCACUUCCCACGAGAUCUCCGAAGGGGCUCACUAUGUCCUGCAUGAAUAUUCACGCUGUGGACGGGAAAGAGAAGGGAAAGAGUAGAAAACGGCGCCGAGUGCCCCGCACAAACAUGGCCGCCCGCGCGUCCGCCGAGCCGCGCAGACAUCCGGCCCGGGUGCGCGCGCACGCCCCGCGCACUUCCGCUCGUUCCCAGGGGGCCGUGGCGGCGGUGGCGGCGCCUACUCGGGGGAUGGUGCCCGGGUCCGAGGGCCCGGCCCGGGCCGGGGGCCUGGUGGCCGACGUGGUGUUUGUGAUCGAGGGCACCGCCAACCUGGGGCCCUACUUCGAGGGGCUGCGCAAGCACUACCUGCUCCCGGCCAUCGAGUAUUUCAAUGGUGGUCCUCCUGCGGAGACAGACUUCGGGGGUGACUAUGGGGGUACCCAGUACAGCUUGGUGGUCUUCAACACAGUGGACUGCGCCCCGGAGUCCUACGUACAGUGUCACGCUCCCACCAGCAGCGCCUAUGAGUUUGUCACCUGGCUUGAUGGCAUUAAGUUCAUGGGCGGCGGCGGUGAGAGCUGCAGCCUCAUCGCAGAGGGCCUCAGCACAGCUCUGCAGCUCUUCGAUGACUUCAAGAAGAUGCGCGAGCAGAUUGGCCAGACGCACCGUGUGUGCCUGCUCAUCUGCAACUCGCCGCCGUACCUGCUGCCUGCUGUGGAGAGCACCACCUACUCGGGGUACACAACCGAGAGCCUCGUGCAGGAGAUCGGGGAGCGAGGCAUCCACUUCUCCAUCGUGUCCCCUCGGAAGCUGCCAGCCCUUCGGCUUCUAUUCGAGAAGGCCGCCCCCCCAGCCAUGCUGGAGCCGAUGCAGCUGCCGGCGGAUGUGAGCCAGGACCCCCGGCACAUGGUGCUGGUGCGAGGGCUGGUGCUGCCCGUUGGGGGUGGCUCGGCCCCAGGCGCCCUCCAGCCCAAGCAGCAGGUGCCUCUGCCACCCGCGCCCCCCUCGGGUGCCACACUCUCGGCCGCGCCCCAGCAGUCCCUGCCCCCUGUGCCGCCGCAGUAUCAGGUCCCCGGGAACCUGAGCGCGGCGCAGGUCGCAGCGCAGAAUGCAGUGGAGGCUGCCAAGAGCCAGAAGGCCGGGCUGGGCCCGCGCUUCUCGCCCAUCAACCCUCUCCAGCAGGCUGCUUCAGGAGUGGGACCCCCCUUCAGCCAGGCCACACCCCCAACAUUACCCCCGGGGGCUGCUGGUGCCUCCAAGGCGCCUCCUGCCUCGCAGCCCAACCUGGUCUCCACGGUCGUGCCUGGCCCGGGCCUGGCCCCUGCCGCACAGCCUGGGGCACCGUCCAUGGCGGGCACAGUGGCCCCAGGUGGCGUCAGUGGUCCUUCCCCGGCCCAGCUGGGCGCGCCAGCACUUGGUGGGCAGCAGUCAGUCUCUAACAAGCUGCUGGCCUGGAGCGGGGUGCUCGAGUGGCAGGAGAAGCCCAAGCCCGCCUCGGUGGAUGCCAACACCAAGCUGACCCGGUCCCUCCCCUGCCAGGUCUACGUGAAUCACGAAGAGAACCUGAAGACCGAGCAGUGGCCGCAGAAGCUGAUCAUGCAGCUCAUCCCCCAGCAGCUGCUGACCACCCUGGGCCCUCUGUUCCGGAACUCGAGGAUGGUGCAGUUCCACUUCACCAACAAGGACCUGGAGUCCCUCAAAGGCCUCUACCGCAUCAUGGGCAACGGCUUCGCCGGCUGCGUGCACUUCCCCCACACGGCCCCCUGUGAGGUGCGUGUGCUCAUGCUGCUCUACUCGUCCAAGAAGAAGAUCUUCAUGGGCCUCAUCCCCUACGACCAGAGCGGCUUCGUCAAUGGCAUCCGCCAGGUCAUCACCAACCACAAGCAGGUCCAACAGCAGAAGCUGGAGCAGCAGCGCGGGAUAGGAGGACAGCAGGCACCUCCAGGCCUGGGCCCUAUUCUGGAGGACCAAGCAAGGCCCUCGCAGAAUCUGCUUCAGCUCCGACCACCACAGUCCCAACCUCAGGGCACUGUGGGGGCAUCUGGGGCCGCAGGACAGCCCCAGGCCCCAGGUACCACCCAGGCUCCCCCAGGUGCCCCUCAAGGCCCUCCUGGAGCUGCCCCUGGCCCACCCCCUCCUGGAUCCAUCCUUCGGCCCCAGAACCCUGGGGCCAAUCCCCAGCUUCGGAGCCUGCUUCUCAACCCACCACCGCCCCAGACCGGGGUGCCCCCGCCCCAGGCCUCCCUCCACCACCUCCAGCCACCAGGGGCUCCUGCGCUGCUGCCCCCACCUCACCAGAGCUUGGGGCAGCCCCAGCUGGGGCCCCCACUCCUGCACCCGCCACCCGCUCAGUCCUGGCCCGCCCAGCUUCCCCCGCGGGCUCCGAUGCCAGCGGCAAAACGAAAGAGAGAAGGAGAGGGCCGUGUGUUUCGAGAAAAAUGGGAGCGAGACUAUUUCUUUGUGGAAGUGAAGAGCAUGCCUACGUGUCUAAUAUGCAAAAAAAUCGUGUCUGUGUUGAAAGAGUACAACUUGAAGCGCCACUAUGAGUCCAGGCACAGCAAGAGCUACGACCAGUACACAGAGCAGACCCGGGACGCCAUCCUCAAGGAACUGAAAAAGGGCCUCAAGUGUCAGUAGGGCUCGCCGUGCAGAGGAGCAAGAGCCGCAGAGAGAACAGCCGGGCGAUCCACCCUGCCGCGGACCCGAUCGCGCCCGUCCGGGAGCCGCGGUGUGUCACGAACACGCCGUCCAGAACAUGAGUCCAGGGCAUUUGUGUCUCGGGGUGAUUUGAAGGUAAACCAGAGGCUUUGCAAGUCCAGUUGCCUGAAAGUCGGAUCAGUUGUGGCCUUUUCUGUCACUGCUCAUGAACUCUUAACCACCCGGUUAGCUUUAUCUAUUUGUGGUGUUGGGAAUUUCGAUGUGACCGAGGACGUCCGUGAUGCGGCGCCAGGCAGGCCCGACGCAGGGAAGUAACGGACUGCAUCGAGAGAACCGCGUUUCACACACACCGCGCAGAACUUGUAAGCACAACUAGACGGCUGCAGUGACCUGUCCUGGGGUUCUCCGCGCACCGCCAUCCAAAGCAGCAGUGUUUGGCAGGGACAGGAGUCAUGUCCUCGCCCGUCCCCUGCAUUCAGUGGACCUGAGAAGCCAAAGGGACACACCAUGGACACCUGCGGUGUUACGCUCCUUCGGGUUAGCCGUGGGCAAGUUGAUAGUGGCUUGAACCAAAAGCCAGUUCCCUGAGGAGGCGGCCAGAGGCUUUGAACACAGCACAGCUCCUCGGGGAUGGCCACCAGCUGCCCCUUGAGUGAUCCGGGUGGCCCGGGAUGGCAGAGGCAGGAAUGCACUCCCUGGGCAUAAUCUGACUCCUCUCCCCUUGCUGCGUUUGGACACUGGAAGUGAGAGAGGUGGCCUGGACCGUAGUCACCAGGAUGGAUGGUGGGCUCAGAGGCCAAAUCCCGAGACUCCUGCAGCCACUUUCUGUGACAAUGAAGUAACACUGUCCCAUUUGCGGGUUUCGGUAGGUGUUGCUAUCUCUCCGUGACUGCAGACCGCAGUAGUUGAACCACAGAGCGGAGGGCGCUGGUCCUAAAGGCAGUUCUUUGGGAAGGUGGCGAGAUCCAGACCGUUGUACCCCGUGUCCAUGUCUGGGGCACCCACGCUGUGUGAGUGGCCAGCUGUUUUCCAUUAGGAACCCAGAUGGAGCAAAGUUCACUCCCAGAGGAAGGAUUUGAGGCUGGCCUGUCGUGCCUGCCCCCCAAGACCUGACCCUGACCCUUUGGUGUGGAAGGGAAGUCCUCAGCCUUCCCACCUCAACUUGGCAAAGGAGCAAAAGAAUUAUGAAAGAGAAAAGAAUUUUAAUAAUAUUUCUAUUUUUCAAUUUGUAUUUUUUCAAUUUUGAAUUUAAAAUAUAAACUCCAGUAUUCUACAUGUUUGUAUUCUGUUCCAUGCAUUCACCGUAGUUGAGUAAAGAUCCAAUUUGAUUAUA